AUGACAAACCUUCAGCCGCCCAAGACAGUUAAAGAUAUCAGAAGCUUCCUAGGACAUGCUGGUUCUACAGGAGAGGAGUGUCACAAGGCUUUCACUAAGAUCAAAGAUGCAUUGGUCAGUGCGCCAGUGGUUCAACCUCCAAACUGGGAACUACCUUUUGAGAUAAUGUGUGAUGCAAGUGAUUAUGCAGUAGGAGCAGUGCUUGGGCAAAGAAAAGACAAGAAGCUACAUGUGAUCUAUUAUGCCAGCAGAACACUUGAUGAGGCACAAUGCAAGUAUCUUUUAUCCAAGAAAGAUGCCAAGCCAAGAUUGCUGAGAUGGAUACUACUAUUGCAAGAAUUUGAUCUUGAGAUCAAGGAUAGAAGAGGAGCAGAUAAUGGAGUAGCUGAUCACCUUUCAAGGAUGAGAGUUGAAGAAAACCUACCUCUUGAUGAUAGGCUACCUGAAGAAACAGUUUAUGCAGCUGAAGCUAGCAAUAAGCAUGGACAACUAGCCAUCACAGGCCAGGAACAAAGAUCUCAUCAUCAAACACACCAUGGUUUCGCCACAUAG